AUGGGCAGAUUUAUGAAACAACCACAAAUCAUUUUAUUGAAAGAGGGGACUGACUCGUCUCAGGGAAAGCCACAACUCAUCUCUAACAUAAAUGCGUGCCAAAUGGUGGUAGAUGCUGUUCACACUACUUUAGGCCCUCGCGGGAUGGAUAAACUCAUCGUGGAUCAAAAUGGAAAAAGCACCAUUUCUAACGAUGGUGCUACCAUUUUGAAACUUUUGGACAUCGUUCAUCCCGCUGCCAAAACAUUGGUAGACAUCGCAAAAUCUCAGGAUGCUGAGGUUGGAGAUGGAACAACGAGCGUAGUUCUUCUUGCUGGAGAAUUCUUGAAGCAGAUCAAGCCCUUCAUUGAUGAAGGGGUUCACCCCAGAAUCAUAAUCAAGGCUUUCCGCCGAGGAAUCGAUCUCGCAGUUGAGAAAAUCAAAGCCCUAAGUAUCAAAAUAGAAAACUCAAACGCUCCGAAGCAGAGAGCCCUCCUCGAAGAAUGCGCCGCCACUGCGAUGAAUUCCAAAUUGAUUCAUCAACAGAGAGAAUUUUUCAGUAAAAUGGUCGUCGAUGCUGUCCUUAUGCUUGAUGAAUUACUGCCUCUCAACAUGAUUGGAAUGAAGAAGGUUUCCGGUGGAGCUUUGGAGGAAUCUCUUCUAGUCGCUGGUGUCGCAUUUAAGAAGACCUUUUCCUACGCUGGCUUCGAAAUGCAGCCGAAAAAAUACUCUCCCUGCAAAAUCGCCUUGCUGAAUAUCGAACUGGAAUUGAAGGCAGAGCGGGACAAUGCCGAGGUUCGUGUUGAUUCCGUUGCCGAGUACCAGAAAAUCGUCGACGCUGAGUGGCAAAUUCUCUACCAGAAACUGGACAAGAUUCACAAAAGUGGAGCGAACGUUGUCUUGUCGAAACUGCCAAUCGGAGAUGUUGCCACGCAGUAUUUCGCAGACAGGGACAUGUUCUGCGCUGGAAGAGUCGCUGAUGAGGAUCUCAAGAGAACCAUGAAGGCCUGUGGAGGAGCGGUCAUGACGACAGUUCAUGAUAUCGACGAAGCUGCUCUUGGAAAAUGCGAGCUGUUUGAGGAAAAGCAGAUUGGAGGAGAGAGGUUCAACUUCUUUAAUGGAUGUGUUAAUGCAAAGACGUGUACGUUUAUCUUGAGAGGAGGAGCCGAACAAUUUUUGGAAGAGACCGAGAGGUCUUUGCACGACGCUAUCAUGAUCGUAAGACGCAUGAUUAAAAACGAUGCAGUCGUCGCUGGCGGUGGCGCUAUCGAAAUGGAACUUUCUAAAACUCUUCGAGAUUAUUCGCGAGUGAUUGCUGGAAAAGAGCAGCUUCUCAUCGGAGCAAUCGCCCGAGCUCUUGAGAUUAUUCCAAGACAACUCUGUGACAAUGCCGGAUUCGAUGCAACGAACAUCUUGAACAAAUUGCGACAGAAGCAUCACCAGGGAAAAUGUUGGUACGGAGUGGAUAUUGUGAAUGAAGAUAUUGCAGAUAAUAUGGAUGCUUGUGUCUGGGAACCGGCAGUCGUGAAAAUCAAUGCGCUCACUGCCGCAUGCGAGGCUGCUUGUCUCAUUCUGUCGGUUGAUGAGACCAUCAAGAAUCCUUCCAGUCAAGCGCAACAAGGAGGUGGUCGUGGCAUGGGCAGGCCUAUGUAAUAACAAUAGUCUAAGUGGGAUUUAAAAUUUGAAUCUAAUUACGUUUAAAGGUUUAACUUGAUACUCAGGACUCUCAAGAGUUCUUUUCUGUUUGCACGAGCGAAUCGAUCUACGCAAGUUUUGGCACUGUUUUAAACAUUUAAAUGUACCAAUAAGUAUAAUACAACUGCUUUUUUUACCAAAUUUA